CGGCUGGUCUGGCUAACAGACCCUCUCUGAAGGCCAUGAGCCCAUCAAGGUCUCCCGACGUACCGCCCUCUCCUGAGGAAGGCGUGUUCUCCAUAACGCGUUCGACGGUCAUCAACGCGCCCAGGGAGAAAGUAUGGAACGUGCUGCUGGACUUUCCGAAGUACAGUGAAUGGAAUCCAUUUGUACGCGCGCAGACUAUAGUCGACAGAUCGAAGAAACCUCUGCCCGACCAAACCCCCGCAGCAGGCAAGUACCUGCUCAUGUCCACGCACAUCCCGCCCACCAUGGGCCCCGGCUCCGGCAUGCAAAGGCAAUCUGCGUUCGAGAUCAUCACCCAUGUCGACAAUGAGAACUUCCGCGUCGCGUGGAGAAACAUCGCCGCGCCGGCUUGGAUAUUGUGGGCGGAACGCUGGCAGACGCUCACAGACGCGGGAGAGGGCAAGACGAGGUACCAGACGACGGAGGUGUUUGGCGGGCUCGCGGCGUACAUUGUUAAAUGGCUGUUCGGGGAGAAGCUGAAGUUCAGCUUUGAGGAGAUGGGACGGGCGUUGAAGGAGAGAUCGGAGCAGGCGUAGGACGUUACUACGUCCAGAGUUCUUUUGUCUUCGAUGCGUGAUUAUUAUGGACGGUAAUUGAUACACAGCAGAUACCCUUAGAGUUCUGGAUAGUUGGACACAGACAUAAUGGUAAACCUUGAAGAAUGGAC